AGGGGGUUUCAGAUAUGAACGGUUAGCUUCAGCGGCGCAGUCUCAGGUGCGACACAGCCUCAGAAUCCUUCAGAUGUCCAGUGAAUCUCAGCCCUACUUUACGAAUCCCAGCUUCUCAUCAUUCGUCAUUGUUAAGAACAUAUGAGCAUAUCAAAGAACGGAUGUGGUGAAUAACUAUACCUAUUUUCCAUUGAGAUUUGGGUUGAGCACGACUUAUAGUCAUGCCGUUGAGUUGGCCUGAUUGGCCUGCUAGCGUAAAGACGAACGUGUUUUCCAACAUCUGGAAGGAUGCCCGAUUACUAAACGCAACGGUAUACGCGCAAUGGCUCUGCGUCCUCUCAGCCAUCUCCUUCGUAGUAAUAAGGAUAUGCUGGCUCAUUAGCGCCGACACUCCCCCGCACGAAGGGGAGGUGCUGGGCAUCCCGUUGAUGAUAGCAGAUAUGAUCUUCUUCCCCACCAUCUCCCUAACCGUAGAGCUCUCGCACAUCCUCCGCACCCGCGUGCCCGCCUACAUCGGGCUAGUCUACUGCACGCUGCGCAUGUUCACAAGCUUCAUGUCCAGCGCCGCCGAGGACUCGACCGACGGCAUCCCCUCAGGCCCUUACCUCUUCCUCGGCAUCGCGCGCGUCCUCGCCACGUACUACAUGCUCGUGCUGCCCUACACGCCGGCGAAGACGCGCCUGGACCCGGACCCGCCGCGCGCCAUCCGCAACAUCGACUCGCUGCCCGUGCGCGCCUGCUUCCAGCUCGCCUGUACCCUGGCCCUGCCGUACUUCUCGCGCCCGCCCCACGGCACCGCCGCGCACCUGUUCGCCCACGUCCGGCCGCCGUGCUGGCGCGUCGAAGCCCUCGCCUAUUACGCCCUGCCCUCGUACUUCGAGCCCGCGUUCGCGUUCACGGGCUGCGCGGCCCUCGCGUACUUCGCCGCGCUGAUUAUCGGCCAGGAGUACGUGUUUAGUCGGACGUUGGGCGGGCCGGGCGUCGAGCGCUUGACGUUUAUAAGGCCUGGGCGCGUGCAGUUGGUGGAUUCGAUUGGGUUGGAGGAGGGGCGGAUUAGGUUGCCGUGAUUCUUUUUCUUCCUUUUUACGUUUUGUUUGGCUUCCUUUUGGGAGGGAGUUUGUUUAGCGUAUACGAUGGUAAGGAGGUAGGGUCUCGCCGUGCAACUGUGUGAUUUUAUGAGGUCUAAGCAUGGGCUUUUGGAUAUCGUGGCAUGUUUGGGCUUUGCAUACGACGCAUGGUAGAUUAUAUAUAUCAACAAAUAAGGCGGUCUUGUAUGUGUACAUGUACGUGUGUCGACGGAGA